CAGUUUGCCAAAGUAAACCAAUAGGCAUGGUGGGCGGAGCAAGGCGGGAGCCAAUCGUGCCUGGUUUUGUUGGGAGACGCCGGCGAGACACUCUUCAGUUGCCUGCUCUUCCGAGCGGAGGGUCGGUUGGUGUGGCUUCCAUUGUUCGGCAUUAAGAGCGCCAUGAGGGGCGACAGAGGCCGCGGGCGCGGGGGACGCUUCGGCUCCCGAGGAGGCCCCGGAGGAGGGUUCAGGCCCUUUGUGCCGCACAUCCCCUUCGACUUCUACCUGUGUGAAAUGGCCUUUCCCCGGGUCAAGCCAGCACCUGACGAAACUUCUUUCAGUGAAGCCUUGCUGAAGAGGAAUCAGGAUCUAGCUCCGAAUUCUGCUGAACAGGCCUCUAUCCUUUCUCUGGUGACAAAAAUAAACAAUGUGAUUGACAAUUUGAUUGUGGCUCCAGGGACAUUUGAAGUGCAAAUUGAAGAAGUCCGACAGGUAGGAUCAUAUAAAAAGGGAACGAUGACUACAGGACAUAACGUGGCUGAUCUGGUGGUCAUACUAAAGAUUCUGCCAACAUUGGAAGCUGUGGCUGCCCUGGGGAACAAAGUUGUGGAAAGCCUAAGAGCACAGGAUCCUUCUGAAGUUUUGACCAUGCUGACUAAUGAAACUGGUUUUGAAAUCAGUUCUUCUGAUGCUACAGUGAAAAUCCUCAUUACAACAGUGCCACCCAAUCUUCGAAAACUGGACCCAGAACUCCAUUUGGAUAUCAAGGUGUUGCAGAGUGCCUUAGCAGCCAUUCGACAUGCCCGCUGGUUUGAGGAAAAUGCUUCUCAGUCCACAGUUAAAGUUCUCAUCCGAUUGCUGAAGGACCUGAGGAUUCGUUUUCCUGGUUUUGAGCCCCUCACACCCUGGAUCCUUGACCUACUUGGGCACUAUGCUGUGAUGAAUAAUCCCACCAGACAGCCUUUGGCCCUGAAUGUGGCAUACAGGCGUUGCUUGCAGAUUCUGGCUGCAGGUCUGUUCCUGCCAGGUUCAGUGGGUAUCACUGACCCCUGUGAGAGUGGCAACUUCAGAGUACACACAGUCAUGACCUUGGAGCAGCAGGACAUGGUGUGUUACACAGCUCAGACUCUGGUUCGAAUCCUCUCACAUGGAGGCUUUAGGAAGAUCCUUGGACAGGAGGGUGAUGCCAGCUAUCUUGCUUCUGAAAUAUCUACCUGGGAUGGAGUGAUAGUGACACCUUCAGAAAAGGCUUAUGAGAAGCCACCUGAGAAGAAGGAAGGGGAAGAAGAGGAGGAGAAUACAGAAGAACCACCCCAGGGAGAGGAGGAAGAGAGCAUGGAGACUCAGGAGUGACCUUCCCUUCACUCCCUUUCCUCCUCAAGGGAAAGAGACUGGAACCUCAGCUGGCUCCCACUGGGUUUUAUGUGGUGGCAUCUGUGGGUUAGGAGAGACAGGAAGAACAAGAAACUACAGAGAGACAUGUCAUUCUACUGGGUUCUGAUACUGGCUUAGCCAGAGCUCUGUCCCUUAUGACUUAAACGACCCAUCUAAAAUGAAGCAGGAUACCAACAUUUCUUCCUAAUACUCUAGAAUCUCCAGUACCUGACAACUCCUCUAACCAGUACUUUGUUGUUGAAAUGUGAAAUGUUUUAAGUGUCUGGAGAUUUUUUUCUAAGAAAAACAAUUAAAGUACUUCCUAGUAGGGCUC